AGGCGCUGGCCUCCAACAAGAAGUUGCCGGCGCUGCUGCGAUACAACCUCCGCCAGGCCAUCACCUUGGACAUCUUCCUGGUCUUCAUCGGCGUGGUGGGCGGCCUCUUUAAUGGAGCCUUCUCCCUGGCUGGCAGCCCCAUCCCUCUGGAGAUCUCAGGUGUGUUCAGCACCGGGGUGUACCUCCUUGUGACCGGCUGCUGCCUGUACUCCAUUGCAGUUAGCCUGUCUGGGAACUUCCCGAGCGGCCUGGGCCCCUUCUCGGACAUUGCGGAGUUUCAGAUCUUCGACACCGCGCCGAGCGACGGAAAGGAAGAUGCCUCGAAGUUCUUCAACAAGCUGUUCAAAGAUGACAAGCCUGAGAAGUGAGCUCGUACAUAGCGUGCCCUUUGCAUCCAGGCCAAUGUCUAAGGGUGGAAGUACUUACCGGUUCCUUGUUCAUGCCCCUUUGCU